CCCGUUUCUUUCUCCACUUCUGCACUAUUCUUUUCCCCAUUUGUCCUGGAAAGUAUGGGUGGAAAAAGAAAAACUACGCAUCUUUGAAACAAAAACCCUAUAAUUGCACACUAAUUAUUUGAUUUUGGUGUGUUAGGAAAGUUGGGUUUUUGAGAUCUUUCUGGAUAAUCCAGAAAAAGGUGGAUUUGUGUUCAAGGAGAAAAGCUGCACCAAAAUGCAUGAACUGUUCUUUGAAUAAUCUUGAUUGGUAAAACAUGUAGGGAAGGUUCAAUUGAUCCACAGAUACUGAAAUUUGAGGUUUUUUUUCAGCACUUCAUACCGUUAGGAGAACUUGCAGUUUGAAAUUCUGAGUUGCUUUGUUGGUUUUCUGUGUUUUAGCACCUCAAAUCUGAUUUCGUGAUUGAUUAGUACUUCAUGUUCAUAAUUAGUGGGGGGAAGGAUGGGGGGUGAUUUUUGAGAGUUUUGUGAAGUUUGAUACUGAAUUUUGAUCAUGAAGAAACCGAAUUAGGCAGUAUGAGUGGCAAUAAGACUAUAGUUUGGUUUAGGAGGGACCUGAGGAUUGAGGACAAUCCUGCCUUAGCUGCUGCUGCUAGGGAUGGUAGUGUUUUUCCUGUUUAUAUUUGGUGCCCCAAAGAGGAAGAGCAAUUUUACCCAGGUCGAGUAUCACGGUGGUGGCUGAAGCAGUCUCUUGCUCAUUUGGACCAAUCCCUGAAAUCCCUUGGGGCAGAACUUGUUCUUAUCAAAACUCAGAGUACUCUGGCUGCUCUCAUCGAGUGCAUUCAAGCCAUUGGAGCUACCAAAGUAGUUUUCAACCAUCUUUAUGAUCCCGUUUCACUUGUUGGUGAUCACAACAUCAAAGGAAAGCUGGUGGAGCUAGGCAUUUCUGUGCAAAGCUUCAAUGCAGAUCUGUUGUAUGAGCCAUGGGAAGUAUAUGCUGGAAAAGGACAAGCUUAUACAACUUUCGAGGUGUACUGGGAUAAGUGUUUACACAUACAACGGGAACUUGUGACACGUCUUCCUCCAUGGAAAUUGAUUUCGGCAACAGUGAUAGGAACUGUAGCAAAAUGUUCACUCGAGGAACUGGGUCUCGAAAAUGAAACGGAAAAGUCUAGCAAUGCCCUCCUAAGAAGAGCAUGGUCUCCUGGUUGGAGCAAUGCUGACAAGGCACUAAGUGAAUUUUUCGAGUUGCACCUGCUUGACUACUCAAACAACAGGAUGAAGGUUGGACAAAACUCCACAUCACUUUUGUCCCCAUAUCUUCACUUCGGAGAACUGAGCAUUAGGAAAGUUUUCCAAUCAGCUCGAAUGAAGCAGAUACUGUGGGCAAAAGAAGGGAACUCUACUGGGGAAGAGAGUGUGACACUUUUUCUGAGGGCCAUUGGGCUUAGAGAAUACUCACGGUAUCUAUGUUUUAACUUCCCGUUCACUCAUGAGAGACCACUGCUGAGCAACUUGAAGUUUUUUCCAUGGCAAGCUGACCAAGCCAAUUUUAAGGCUUGGAGACAAGGUCGGACCGGUUACCCUUUGGUUGAUGCAGGAAUGAGAGAGCUAUGGGCAACUGGGUGGAUACACAACAGGAUAAGAGUGAUCGUUUCAAGUUUUUCUGUGAAAGUGUUGCUUCUUCCUUGGAGAUGGGGAAUGAAGUAUUUCUGGGAUACGCUUAUAGAUGCCGAUUUGGAAAGCGAUAUCCUUGGUUGGCAGUAUAUCUCUGGGAGUUUACCAGAUGGCCAUGAGCUUGAGCGUUUGGACAGUCCAGAGGUUCAGGGCUCAAAAUUUGACCCAGAGGGUGAAUAUGUAAGGCAUUGGCUGCCUGAGUUAUCACGUUUGCCAACCGAGUGGAUCCACCAUCCUUGGGAUGCACCUGAUUCUGUGCUUAAAGUUUCAGGUGUAGAGUUUGGGUUUAACUAUCCAAAACCUAUCAUUGAGAUAGAUUUGGCUAGAGAACGCUUGACGAGCGCCAUAUUCAAGAUGUGGGAAAUGGAAGCAGCAGCAAAGGCUGCAAGCUCAAACGGCACAGAUGAAGUUGUUGUUGACAACUCCAUCAGUGAAGAUUUGCCCAUCCCAAAGGUGAUAUUAAAGAAAACCUCUCCUUGCCCUACAUACUCCUCUAAUGAUCAGAAGGUACCAACAUGUCAAAAUUCCAAGAAUAAUCAGUUUAUUAGGAAGAGAUCAAAAUUUAUGCAAGACGAAAGCCCACUCCCAGAUAAUCCGCACAAUCCUAACGAAGCUGGGCCCUCGAGAACAAAUGAAGACACGAGCUCUACUGCUGAAUCUUCAAUCUCUAAGAAGCAGACAACUAGCAGAAAUUCAUUUUCGGUUCCACAGUCAUGUUCAUCAUCAGAAGGCAACCCCUUUAUGGGGUGUGAAUCUUCUGAGAUGAAGCAGUCAUGGCAAGAACAAAGUGAUAUGGAGCAGAGUUCAAGCAAAAAUGGAACAAUUAGAGAUGCAAAUUUAGGUAUGUAUUUGGCCGGGUUGUUCGGGGGUAGGGAAGGGAUGACAGAUGACUCAAUCUGAGAAUUUGUCUCUAUAUUUUGUUCGCCUAAUCAAUAGUUAUAAUAGUCGGUUCUAUUUAUAUUGAGUUUCAUUGCUUGUAUAGCGCUGUUUAAUCACAUUGUUUGAAACUUGUGUGGGAGUAGGAGCCGUGGAAGAUGAACACCUCUGAUACAGAAUUCACCGGCGGCUGCUGAGUUCAUCAAGAAAGAGGACCGUUCUGGAUAAUGUAGUAAGCAUUGUAAAAUCUGUCCUUUUGGUAUGACUAGCUCAAUGUAAUCCCUAGUAUAUAAACGAAACGAAUACUGGCUAAUAUCAGAUGUCCAUUCUGCCUCCACAAUGUAAAUGAAACUCAAUCAUCACCGACUAAUCUCUUGUUAAACAAUCUCGUUACUAUGUUGUAUGGUCGUUAAUCACGACGUAAAUUCAGAUGCGGUUUCUUA